UGGCUCACUCUCUUUGUUUCAGUGCGCAGUAUCUUUCUCGGCUCUCGGUUCUCUCCAUCCUCACAGUGCUGCUCUGCUCUGGAUGACUGCAGAAGCAGCGCCAUGGCCGUGAAUCUCAGUAAGAACAGACUGGCUCUGCUCACCGCUUACCAGGACGUAAUCGACGAGUCCUCACCCACUGACUGGGCCUUGUACACAUACGAAGAUGACAGCAACGAUCUGACGCUGGCAUCAUCAGGAGACGGCGGCCUGGCUGAAAUCAUGGUCACCUUCGACAACGGCUGCAUCAUGUACGGCUUCUGCAGCCUGAAGGAGCCGACGUCCGCCCUGCCUCGCUACAUCCUCAUCAACUGGGUUGGAGAGGACGUCCCUGAUGCCAGGAAAUGUGCCUGUGCCAGCCAUGUAGCCACCAUCGCGGAGUUUUUCCAGGUGGGUCUCGCUAAGGGAGUUGACGUCAUCAUCAAUGCCAGCAGCAUGGACGACAUCGACCCCUCAGCCAUCGGGCAGAGAUUGACCAAUGGGACGGGGCCGAGCGCUAGCCCGGUGCUCGGCCGCCUGCGAAUGAGAGACGAGGAGAACGCGGAGCACGUUGGCACCACCUACCAGAAAACGAACGCGGAAAUCGAGAUGAAGAGGAUCAACCGGGAAGAGUUCUGGGAACAAGCCAAGCGGGAAGAAGAGCUGAGGAAGGAGGAGGAACGAAAGAAACUAGCAGAAGAGCGGCAACGCUUCGAAGACGAGCGGAUGGAGCUGGAGAGGAAGGAGCAGGAGGAGAGAGAGAAGAGAUACCGUGAGAGGGAGAGGCAGAUUGAGGAACACAGGAAGAAAAUGCAAGAAGAAGAGGAGGCCAAAGACAGGUCACGACCUCAGCCCCUGGUUACAGAGCCCAGUUGUGACGACCUCUCUCAAGACAAAAAGGAGUCCGAGGUCGAGGAGGCAGCGGCCAUAAUCGCCCAGCGCACGAGCAACCCUCGAGAGUUCUUCAAGCAGAGAGAAAAGGCUGUAGCCAGCAGCUUGGACACGUCACCCAUCAGCUCCCACAGGACCGGCCGCUUGGACAGUCCGUUCUUGAAGCAGCAGCACAGUGUGUGUGUGUCCAGUACAUCCUCCUCUCGCACCCCAGGCCCACUUGAUGACUCUCCUGAAGGCGUCUCGACCGCUUCCCCGACACCACCCAUCCCUAAAAUCGCCAUCCAGGAAGACAAAGACGACAACAGCGAGAAAGAAUGGGCCCCUGAGUCUCCUGAGCGAGUCCCGGUGCAGGAGUCCGAGCCUGUCCAGACCGACGUUCCUCAGGAUCAUCCCACGGAGUUGAAAUCCACCAGCGCUGAGGACACACUUCUGGAUAUGUGGGAGAGCAGCCCGGCGCCCACGGCCACACCCUGCCAGGCCCCACACAUCAUGGACCUGAUGGGCGAUGCCGACUCGUCACCCAGCCUCCCUCAGCCCCUGCUCAGCUUUGAUGACGUGCCUGACGCCCAGCUGUGCCCCUCGUCCGAGGACGCGCCCUCCAGCCUGGUCGACGUUGCUGAGUCGCACCACAUGACCCUGAGCUACCAGCAGGCCUCUGACAGCCAGGAGCUGGACGAGAGCCAGGAGCUCCUGACCAACGGAGACUCGCUGCUCAAAGAAGGGACUCAGGCGAGUGAAGGCUAUUUCAGCCAGUCACAGGAGGAGGAUUUCGCUCAGUCUGAUGAAUGCUCAGCAAAAGUCAAUCCCACGCCAGUAUUUUACAACAAACCACCAGAGAUCGACAUCACAUGCUGGGACACGGACCCCGUGGUGGACGACGAUGACUAAGACCUCCGGAGGGCGCUAGCGUACGACUCCCAGGAAGAAAGAAAAAAAAAAAAACGAAGAAAAACAAAAAAAAAACAAAAACACUUUUACAAAGCUUAUUCCGAGCUUAUCACGAUACAAAUCUGUACGAUAUUUUAGCAAAAAAAAAAAAGAAACAAACAAAAAAGGUUAGCCACUGAAAAGGAUCCGGGUUAUUGUUAAAGAUGCCAGCGGGUUUAAGCUCUCUCGGUUAGUCUCUGUGUGUGUGUGUGUGUGUGUGUGUGUACAAGUCAUUAUUUAUUUCCGUUCUCUUUUUUGCUAUGCAGAGUAUAGCACGGUGUGUAUUUAGCGCUCACCUGUGUUGUAUCGACUCCCUGUGCCUGACAGGUGUGACCAGUAGCAGAUAGAGCGUCCUGUUUUGUUUUUUUUCUUUCGUUUUUUUAGCGACGUUCCAGAACCUCGAAUGACGGAAAGGUUCUUUGCUCCAGCCAAGGUAGUACCGAAUUUCCCCUCGUUAGACGCUCAGGCUAGUAUUCAGCACUUUUCUUAUUCCGAUCACCGAUAAUCGAAGCCGAUAUUAAGUUUUUCCCAUCUUAUUGGGUCUUUCGGAACGAGAAGAUACGCACCGCUGUGUGAUCGAUCACGAUCUCGAUCUCGGCUCGGAAUUCUUCGCGAUUUCAACGAGACGCGUUUCUUAGACGUCAUUACGUUCCAGUCAGGUGACAGUGACUAAACUCUGCUUGACUUGCUUCAUUUCCUGUGCCAAGGGUCUCUCCAGCGAGUUGAUGUUUUCACGCUAUCGUGUCGGUGUUUUGCGAUUUAUAAUCAGGUGCCACAGGUAUAUUUCUACCUUAUAAAAAGUAGUAUUUUCCUCUUCUUUUUUUUUUUUUUUUCCAGUGUUCGCGAUAGAAUUAGAAUCGAUUUGACUCAGAGCUUAGGCAAUAACUAUUUUAAUGCAUAUUUAGCUGUGUGCGUGUGUGUGUGUGUGUGUGUGUUGUGUGCUUUUUAAUGAGAGAGUAACAUUUCCCCUGGAUACUGGAGUAUUUGUAUACGGUUUUACCAAAACCCUCGAAUCCGACCUUGACGCCGUCGCGGUCUCGAUGGAAACCCUGCCUGCGGUAACCGUCGUGAAGGCAUCGAAAAAAGCCUUCGAAAUGUCCACGAAGUAUUCCUAACAGUCCGAUAUACCGGAUACUCGUCCGGCAUAACCGCGGCUCCUUCUCACAGUUCUCCUAGACGAAUUUCGUUCAACAUCUGUAGCUUGGACUGUCCUCAGUCUUCCGUAGUUUCGUAUUUCUGACCUGUUUUCAGUACGAUCCUAAGCCUUGUCGUUUUAGUUUGUCGAGUUUUUCUUUGUAAUUGUUUUUAUUUUUUAUUAUUAUGAUUACUGUUACAAAGUAAAAGAGGCGAAAUAAGCAAUAAUACUAAACUGAUGUAGUAUUGUUUUGUAAAUAAAAUCAACAACAGGACGAAACAGUGACGAAACGCGCGGAACCGAAACCGUCGGCGUCGGAACACACGUGCGUUAACGUCUUAAUGCGUUUUCUUAAACCCGGAUUUGACGUGGCUGGUUCGUGACGGGGAGCCGACCCGCAUCUUUAACGAUAACCGAGGCCCUUUUGACGUGAUUUCAGUGUACUCUUUAACCUCCGAGCUCCUCCGUAGUGAUUCUUACGCUCUUUCUUUCUCUCACACACUACUAGGAGAUUACUACUACCAAUACUAUUGCUACUAUUACUACUAAUAUACUACUCCAGUUUGCCCUUUGUCCCUGAAGCAAGGCUUAGCAACUCCUAAACUCUCUCUCUCUCUCUCUCUCUCUCUCUCUCUCUCUCUCUCUUGCUCGGUUUCUUUCUUUCUUUCUUUCUUUUUUUUCCCUCUCUCUUUUAUUAUUGUUUUCCAUCCUUCUCCUUUUUUUCCCCCCUUUUCGUCCGCUUUUUCUGUCACAUGCUGUUUUUGAAACAAGCACAAGAUCUUUUGUGACAUGCUACGUGCUUCUGUAUGUUAAUAAAAGAUUUCAAAAACAAG